CACUGGAAGCGCCAUCUGCAGUUGUUACUUCCGGUAUUGAGCAGCAAUAGAAUGGCAGUUGCGCGCAAAAGUCUGUUUAUUUACGUGCUGUCGAUGAUUAAUUGAUCGCGAAGUCGCAUCUAUAGGCAAUAUCCUAUGAGUGAAUUCAGUAAUAACGGAAACGAGAUGGUGCACACGUGAAACGCAUUAAAUUUAAUCGCGGAGUUAAAAAGAAACGCGGUGAAUGUCGUUGUUGUGGAAUUCAGACUAUCGUCAUCGUUCUAACCUAUUUCCCGAAACAUUGUAUUCUUCAUUCUGGAAUUUUCCGACGCGCUGUCAACGUUUGUUUGCCAACAGUGAUUCGGCAUGAUGCCAUGUUCUCACAAACGUUGAGCACAGAUCUGUGCAAAAUUGUUAGCAUGGCUGACGAAGUAUUGCCGGCAAGUUUGGAGAAGCUCGAAAUUGAUCGUCUCUCCUCGAGCUGUCCACAGUAAGCAUUUACCGCCGAAAGCUCAUUUAAAGCGCCUGCUCCUCACAACUAUCCCAUUCCAGUAUCUCGAACAUUCUGAAUCCGUGUAUCUGUUCGAUGUAUCGGAUCGUGGCGGUUUUGCGACUCAAUCCAUUUUCACACGCGGUCAAGGUCUUUAGUUAACGUUACUUCAUUUUGCAAAUUACGUGACGAUUUCUAUUUACGCUAUUGCGUUUUUGAUUUAUUAAUGAUGCAAGCGCUUGUGAAUAUGUAUUUUAAUGAUCGUCAUUUCUUGUUCUCGAUGGUGCGAAAUAACAACAUUGACUGUGAUUUUAUAUCACCUACCGACAAGAUAAAGUCAUCAAAUCCAUUCAGAACAACAAAUAAAACUGUCAAUUCUGAUUGCAGUCAUUUAUUUCAAAAAAAAUUAAUGCCUAUUAGGCCAACAUUAACCACAAUCAGUCCUAGAGGAGUAAAAAGUACAACGAAUUUUAAACCAUCAAAAAAUGAAAGAGUACUUGAUAAAAAUAAGAAUUCGAUCAUUAAGGAGGCUGUUUUAAAAUUAAAUGAUACUGGCACUAAUUGUCUUAGUGAUAAUCUAACGAAUACAUUGCUUAAAGAAACAUGUAAAUUUAGUAUGUGUGGAAAAAAUUCAAAAAUAUUUGGCCAUGGUAUGGUCGCAAAGGACUUUAAAGCAUUAAAUAUUAACCAAGAGUCUAGGCAAGUUAAGGAUGAUACCAGCAUUCAAGAUAAUUAUCAAGCUAGUAGUUUUCAACGAGCACGUAGUAAUACAAUGCCAAGUUUAAAAAGAGGACCUGGUCCAGGUGGAGGCAAUAAUGGUCAAUCAGAAACUACUACUUCAACUGGUCAACCUUCAAGUUCAAAUACAUGCUCAGUACAAGCAAGAAUAUCUUCGUGUGAUGUCACUAUUGAUGAGCUUGCCAGUUACUUCGAGGAGUUUGUUCAUAUUCCAAAGAAGAUGUCACACAUGGCAGAAAUGAUGUAUAUUUAAUUAUAAUAUAUUAAAUUGUAAUAGACAGAUUUCUUAUACAGUUUUUCAAAGACCAGCAUGCAAAGUUGAUGCAUGAUUGCAAGUCUAAAUACUGUAUGUUUGCUACGAAUCCAAUUUAAUUUGGUACCUAAAUUAUAUAUAAUAUACAAUAAAAACAAAAAAAAAAUGAAAAAAAAAUCUGCGUUUUUGUAGAGAAAAAGAGUAUUAAAGAUGAAAUUUAAUUUUAGUAAAAAUGAUAAAACAAAAAGUAAAAAUCUUGAAAAUAAUAAAACAAAGUAUAUAUUUCUUUUUUAAAAUCAUUUGUGUCAAACUACUUCAUUUAAUUAUUUAUGGAAAAGAUUUAAUAUCUUUGUUUAUAAAAUUUUUGUAUUGCGAAAAAAAAACAUUGAUACUAGAAUAAAUUUCUUGCAAUGAA